AUGGGCGAUGACUUUGUUCACUGCUGUUUACAAAGAACAUAUCCUGGUAUUCUCAAACACGAAAAGUAUGAAGAGAUUAAUGAAUCUGCUUUUAGUAUUUUGAAUCAAGAUUGGAAGCGCAAGCCAUACAUAAGAAUCGCCUGCGGUCAACUUUUAGCUGGUUCAAUUCUUGUAGAAGAAAAUCAAGCUCUUCUCAUCAAUUGCAUUGAACUUUACAAUCGUAAACCAUCAGUUGAUUUACACUAUGAGAGAUUUGGGUCAAGAUUUAGUAUCAGUAGUAUACCGUCAAAGAAUAACAAAUAUAAUGGUAUCAACAUUAUAUCAAAGGCCGAAGACAAAUCCAGAAAACUAUUGAUCGGAACUUUUGUUUUUAAUGGGCUUGUAACUUCUAGUAUCCGGCUGGACAAAGAUUUUUCUCCAGAAGUUGGCGCGUCAACCUUCCUUUUCUCUCCGACAAAUAAU